CAAAUAUCGUCAUCCUCAGCGUUGGCUGCAUUGGAAGCGAGAGACCGUAAGCUUCCUCACCGUUCUUAUCCCCUGGGAGUUGCGUAUCAAGGAGAUCGAGUCGCAUUUUGGCUCCGGCGUAGCAUCCCAUUUCACUUUUCUUCGCUGGCUUAUGUGGGUAAACAUCAUGAUUGCCAUACCAUUGGUGGCGUUCGUCAUCGGGCCUGAGUACUUUGCUACGAAAAAAGAUGAGACCGAUCCCCGUAAGCGUAUGACCGAGCAUGAGUAUAAAGUGGCUGGAAAUUUCUUUACAUACUGGGAAUUCGAAGGUUACAUUAAAUAUUCGCCAAUGUUUUACGGGCAAUGA